AUGACCAUAGGUGCUGUGCCCCCCGUGCUGGGUGCUGUGGGCUUCACUGGGACAGGAAUUGCUGCCUCCUCUCUAGCAGCUAAGAUGAUGUCCUUGUCAGCUAUUGCUAAUGGGGGUAGAGUUGCGGCUGGUAGCCUGGUGGCCACUCUGCAGUCAGUGGGAGCUGCAGGACUCUCCUUGUCAUCUAAGUUCCUUUUGUGUUCUGCAGGAUCUGCUCUCACAGCAUCUGAGUGUUCUAGCCCCUCUCUGCUCUGA